AUGAGCCAAAUGGUUUCCGAGAAGUUCGUAUCGACGAGUAAACUUAAUGCGUAUAAGCAGCAAUCUGCAAAGUGUGGUAUCGUCCCAGGCAUUUAUCCAAAGCCUCAACUAUGCGUCCCCACACUUGCCGUCUUUUCGACCGAGUCUCUGCUUGAGUCCCGUACUCCAAUGCCAAUUCCUACCCCAGUGGCAUUUGGUGUAGAGAUGAUACCCGGAACAAUAAAUGGUUUUUAUCGUAACGUGCGCCGGUAUCACGCCGGAAAUCCUCUGCAUGAGCAAGAUGAUCCAACCCCAAUCCAAACGGGCGGACAAAGUCCCCAUCCUGGCCAAGCGCGUCAACAACGCAGAUAUACCCCAGGAAUGACAUUGCUUUCAUUGAGAAUGAAACGUGCCCGAUAUUGUUUACCAAUCAUUAACCCAAACAAAACAAUACGCUCAGUUCAAAUCGUUGAAUCGAUACACAACGAAAUCAUGGCACAAAUGUCUCACUUACCAGUCGAAAUAGUAGAGCAUAUUAUGACUUAUCUCUUUGACAUGGCCAAAUAUUCACCGCUUGAUGCCUCUAAUAGCGCAGAUACUCUGUUUUUAAAUCAAAAUUCUGUUACAUGCUUACUACGAUUACGAUUAUUAGGAAAGGUCUGGGCAAGGCUUAUUCCAAAAUUCGUGUUCAACGCCUUGGAACUGAGGUCUUCCCGAACACAUAGAUGCAUAAGUUUUGUAUUGGGAAGUAGUGUGAAACUAUCGAGCACGAUCCAUUUGAAACGCCUCUUUUUAAAUGGGAUCACGUAUCUACCUGAAAGCUGGUCUGGUUCCUACUUCGGCAAAAUCACAGACAACAAUUUGACGAAACCCGACUUCGAGCAUCAGGACUCUACCAAUAACUUGAUUCGAAUGAAAGAUGCAGCCAAUAUCAUCAGUUUGUGCGGAAGCACCUUAACCGAUCUCAAAAUUUGUUUCACGGACGCCGUUGGAUUCUCGAACAAUCUUGUAGAAGCGAUUAAGCGCGUAACAUCAUUGAAAGUUUUAAUCGUUGAAAGCCUCCGUGUUGAACGCCACUUAUGCGCUGGAAUCUUAUUUGCAACUUUAACAUCUUUGUCUCUGGACCCGGGAGCUUUACCUAAUUUAAUCCAUCUGUGCGUAGAUUGCCAUGUUUCAAAUCACAGGGCGAUAGUUCAUUUCUGUCAACGUCGCAAAAGUUCAAUCAAAUUGCUUGAGUAUCAACCAAAAGAUUAUGCAAACGACGAGACGCCUAUGCUUUUAGCGCUCCAGGAUACACUCGAAGCUAUCUCUGUUAUUAUGAUGCCGGACGACAUCCCACUUGAGCUCCGGAACAGUUCAUUCCCAAACUUGAGGAUCUUGAAGAACAUGUUCAUCAACCCACGCCAUGAUUACCCACAAUGGUUGGGAUGGGCCAUUUUCCGAGAAGUAGAAAUAUAUAUUACAUGUUAUUCUGAGACGGCACACUAUUGGCGCGACAAGUUUGAGCAGUAUGAUGGGCUAGAAUUCCCAAAAAAAUUGAGCCAAUUUAUCUUCUUGACUGAAGACAACCAUUCUGUGAACGAUGAGGCCUUGGCAGGAUUUCUGAACCGUCGACGUAUCAAGUGCCGUUUCGAAACCCAACUUAGCUAUUCUCAAAUUCUGAAAUCAAUUAAAGAACCCAGUGAUAAUUUGCUCACUGUAGAUUUCGGAGUUUUGGCAAUGAAUUCAAGCCGGCAACAAGCAAUGAAGGUAGAUGCAAAGUUCUGA